AUGUCGGAAAUCCUCAUUCAAACCAAUGGCGGCGACGGUGCAAAGGAUGUACUUCAAACUGCGAAGCUCCCCGUUGAAUUGAUUCACCUUAUCAUUGCCUUCAUCAACGACGGCAAUAAUCCGCACGAGACGCUGGCAGCAUGCUCCCUGGUCUGCCGCACUUGGCACAAUAUGUGUUGCCGCCACAUCUUCGACAGCAUAGUCAUCGACAGUGACAACCUCGCUCCCCGGCUGACCUUUUUCUGUCACACUGCUCCCCGCCUUAGCGAAUAUGUCCGCCACUUCUCUAUCUCGUGGGGUGGUCGAAACUGCUUUAUCCCUGACUGGAGUUGGGUCUCCGGUGCUGUAUUUAAGAAUUUACGCACCCUACGUCUAGAGAAUGGUUUAUGCUCAGUCAGCGGCCCAUCACCUUUUCUGUCGAUCACGAACUUCCUUCUCGCUGCCCCUUGCCUCAAGGAACUCAUCCUUCGCGGAUGUGCCUUCGAAAAUCUCCCUAGUCUCUACUUCACGCUCGCGCUAUGUUCGAAUACCCUUGAACAGUUAACGUUCAACAACGUCACCUUCAUUUACUCGCCAGAAGAUGACAAAUACAUAGUAUCAUCCCCUCCCCACAUGGGCGUCCUACGCAAGCUAGACUCUCCUCCGAGAUACCAUCCGGUUAUUGAAUGCCCUAACCUCGAAUCUUUGAUCAUUCGAGUUGAUCCUGGGGACGUUUGGGUUCUACCGUCAUGGGUACCAAGCGGAUUGACCGAUCUCACAAUUCACGCCACGGCUCGCCGCCCCAUCCCUGACCUUGGAAAGAACAUUCGUCCAUCUCACUUGACGCUCAGCUUAUCCGGAUCCCUUCCAUACGCAAUUUCUAUCCAAUGGAUUCAGGGCUGUAUCGAUCGCCUUCCGUUUCCUCAGCAUCUCCGGCGCUUUAAAAUCAUCUUCCAGCGAUCGAUCACAAGGCCAGGCGUAUCAUACCCCAAAGAUACGGAUUAUGACAAUCUUCUGGAAAUCAUACAGCGGCUCCGUGAACACAGCGCGCUGGUACAUAUCAACUUGGAAAUCACGAUCUUCCUCUAUCAUGCCCUCCCAACCGAUUGGGCGGAAGUUAAGGCGAGAGAGGUCCCCAAGUUGAAGCGGGGGCUCGACCCGCUGUUCGAGGCCAAUGUCCUACACGCCACUUUCGCCGUUCGGCGGCAGACCAGUGACGAGGGACUUGAAACAUUGAUGGAGUGGGAAGGAGGUACGGCCGAAUGGCAGUGA